AUGGAGCAAAUUUACUUUCCCACAUUGGAUGCUACCCCGUUCUACCCAGCGUCUCCGGUUUCAAUCACAGACGAACUUGCGCCAGCUGCAGUUCUCUAUGAUGCAGGAAACAAACGGAUACCAAACAACCGGCCACCGCAGGGGAAUGAACUGGAUGUCAUACAACAUAUCCUCACUGGGAGAAAGGCUCUCGCCUCGCAGCUGGAGACUAUGAUAGAAGACGCCGAGGUUGCGGCCAAGAAGCUAGAAGUACCGUAUCAGGACAUCAAGGCGCUCUACGAAUCGGCAGAGUGUGCCUACUCGGCCGCUCAACAAUAUCUCGACGCACUGGUCGCUGCGAGAGGAACAAUGCAGCCAGGUAUCAAGAGAUUACGGGCAAAAAUGGACCCCAUCUGGAGAUACCCUACAGACAUCCUCACUUUGGUCUUCAUAGCUGUCGCUCGUGAAGAAAGACAGCGGGAAAGCGUCCUCGAGUAUGAAAAUGUCCCUCUAAUGCCAAAAUAUAGACGUAGGCAUCCCGCGUUGGAUCUGGCACACGUAUGUAGAGCGUGGAGAGCUCUUGCACUCUCAAUCCCCGAGCUAUGGAGCACCGUCCGAGUUUCAUUGGCUCGGAGAUCGAAGAUUAGUGCAAAGAUGGAGUUUUUUGCGACACAUGCCAAAGCAGUACCCAUGAAAGUUAUCAUCACCAAUCUUCAACCGUCCUACUUUACUCACCGUUUGUCACCAGACAACGAUGAGGAAGAUAACCAGCCACCUAUGCUCGACAGUAUCAACAAUCUAUCAUCACUAGAAGUGCACUUCUCGCACUUUAGAGCCCUAUCAUAUCUUCCAAGGUUGGGGGUUCACAGAUUGGAGGACUUGCAGGAACUUGCCCUCCAUAAUGAUCCGACGAUGCUCUCAACACCUCACGAAUUCAGCUUGUCCGGGUAUCUCUCUUUAACGCCAAACUUGCGCAAGUUGACGAUAUGCCGAGUUCCUCUUGUGCUCUCGAUGCACGAUGGAACCACUAUACUCUCAAAUCUCGUACAGCUAAUUGUUCACAGUCCCCUGAAUACACACGUUGCAAACGUAACGCUUUCGCAGUAUUUAUUCAUGUGUCCAAAUGUGAUCAAGCUCACAUACUUUGAGAACUCAGAAGCCGCGAUUGAACUCGGAGAAGUGUCCGAGCUGCACAAUCUCGCCAAUCUCAACGUAAACCUGCUAGCCCUCAUCACCCUGACCGGUCGAUUAUUCUGUCCGAGUUUGCGGAAGCUCCAUGUAGUUUCCGACGCCCAAGAUACGUCCUCACCACUCAGUGCUUUCUUGAGUGCACACCAAUCCAUCCAAACGCUUAACAUUACGGGUGACUUUGACCCGAUCACGGGCUCGGUGGACUCGACAAUCUUCCACCAGGCGCCCCCAUUGCAAACGCUGCUCAUCAGCAGAACGCACGUAGGAUUUAUCCGCCUGCUGGGUGCCACGGAUUCCCAUGGCAGCGUAUUGGUGUUGCCGUUCCUAACCCGACUCAAGAUGAACCUCGCGAGGCACACUACUGCAACGAUGACGAGCGCGGAUUUUGAAAGACUGUUCAAUACCAGAUGCAUUCCUGCCCCUGACCAGGAGGGGAUUACAAGCUCGGGAGCAAAGCAACUCUCCAAACUGUCAUUGUCUACCCACGACGGGCUACUGGAGGCGACGCGUACAUCCAUUGAGCGUUGGAUGAAGUGCACUCGCACUGGUUCUCGAUACUUAUCCUAUCGCUGGACGGGAAUGUAA